AUGAGUGAGGAAAAUAGUAAUUAAUUAGAAGAAGUUAAGGUAGAGGAAAGUAAAAUUCCUAAAGAAUUUUUGCAAGAUGUUUGGAUUUAGCCUAAGAUAAACAUAGAUCCUGAAAACGAAAAGCAUGAGGAAUUUGUUAAUAAGCAGAUAAGAAAUGAUUUAUGGAUUGAAUCAUUUACAAAAAUAUCUGAUGUUGAAAUGAACUUCCUCAAGAGCCAUGAAGACUUUCUUAAAAUAAAAGCCAUAAAAAGUUGCGAGAAAGAUGAUAGUUUAUUUUAAAAAUUCAUAACUAAAUAAGUUUAUGAAGUAAAAGAAGAUGAAAUGUUAAAGUGUGAGGAGUGGACUCUCAAUUUAAAUGAUAAGAAAGAAGUCAAAUACAGAGUGAAACACUUCUAAUCGGAGGCAGAUAGAUUUUAUUCAAUCAUAUUUCCAUAAGAUUUGCUAAGAUAUUACUAUCUAUUUAAAAGUUAAUACAGAAUUAAAUUCUACUGA